UCACUCACCUUCUACUAUCUUCUCUCUAUCACGAUUUCUCUUCCUUCUCUCACUAAAAUCUCCCCAAAACUUGAUUUCUCUGCGUAUCAGUAACAAAUACCAUACAAACCUCCUCCACCUCUCUUUCUCUCUCCAUCUCUAACUGAAGCUUGCUCUGGAGAGAGAUAGUAAAGAUAAAGAAGGAGAGAGAAAGAGAGGUUGGUGAUAUCACACACAGUGUGUGUAGAGCAUAGCUUGAAGUUUCAGAAAGAAAAAAAUGGCUGGAAAUGAUUGGAUAAACAGCUACCUGGAGGCGAUUCUUGACGUCGGUCCAGGAUUAGACGACGUGAAAUCCUCGUUGCUACUCAGAGAGAGAGGUCACUUCAGUCCUACUCGCUACUUCGUUGAGGAAGUCAUCACUGGAUUCGAUGAGACCGAUCUCCAUCGUUCUUGGGUUAAAGCUUCGGCUACAAGGAGUCCCCAGGAAAGGAAUACUAGAUUGGAGAAUAUGUGUUGGAGGAUUUGGAAUUUGGCUCGCCAGAAGAAGCAGCUUGAGGGAGAAGAACUACAGAGAAAGGCUAAGCGUCGUAUGGAGCGAGAAAAAGGCCGUCGGGAAGCUACUGCUGAUAUGUCUGAAGACUUAUCAGAAGGAGAAAAGGGUGAUAUGGUCGGUGAUGUGUCGGUUCAUGGUGAAAGUUCCAGGGGCAGACUGCCAAGAAUUAAUUCCAGUGAUGCUAUGGAGAUUUGGGCAAGUCAGCAAAAGGGGAAAAAAACAUAUAUUGUAUUAGUAAGCAUUCAUGGUCUAAUAAGAGGAGAAAAUAUGGAGCUUGGUCGUGACUCUGAUACUGGUGGUCAGGUUAAGUAUGUUGUGGAACUUGCAAGGGCUUUGGGCUCCAUGCCAGGUGUAUAUCGUGUUGAUCUGCUAACUAGACAAGUAUCAUCGCCAGAUGUGGAUUGGACUUAUGCUGAGCCCACAGAGAUGCUUAGUCCAAGAAAUGCAGAUGAUUUCUCAGAUGAGAUGGGUGAGAGCAGCGGUGCUUAUAUCAUUCGUAUACCAUUUGGUCCAAGAGAUAAAUAUAUUCCUAAAGAACUUCUUUGGCCUCAUAUCCCUGAAUUUGUUGAUGGUGCCCUGACUCACAUUAUACAAAUGUCCAAAGUUUUGGGUGAACAAAUUGGCAGUGGGAAACCUGUUUGGCCUGCUGCCAUCCAUGGGCAUUAUGCUGAUGCAGGCGAUUCUGUUGCUCUUUUAUCUGGUGCAUUGAAUGUACCAAUGCUCUUUACUGGGCACUCACUAGGUCGUGACAAGUUGGAACAGCUUUUAAAGCAAAGUCAUUCUUCAAGAGAUGAAAUAAACUCGACAUACAAAAUAAUGCGUCGUAUAGAGGCUGAGGAAUUAUCACUUGAUGCCUCUGAAAUAGUAAUAACUAGCACUAGGCAGGAGAUAGAGGAGCAGUGGCGUUUGUACGAUGGUUUUGAUCCUAUACUGGAACGUAAAAUACGUGCAAGGAUCAAGCGUAAUGUGAGCUGUUAUGGAAGGUUCAUGCCUCGCAUGGUGAUAAUUCCUCCUGGAAUGGAGUUUCAUCAUAUUGUUCCUCUAGAUGGUGAUAUGGAUGGUGAGACAGAAACUAAUGAGGACCAUCCUACUUCUCCCGAUCCACAUAUCUGGACUGAGAUAAUGCGCUUCUUUACCAACCCUCGCAAGCCAAUGAUUCUUGCCCUUGCUAGACCAGAUCCUAAAAAGAACAUUACUACUUUGGUCAAAGCAUUUGGAGAAUGUCGUCCAUUAAGGGAACUUGCAAACCUUACGUUGAUUAUGGGUAAUCGAGAAGGCAUUGAUGAAAUGUCAGGCACAAAUUCCUCUGUUCUUCUCUCUGUACUGAAGCUUAUUGACAAAUAUGAUUUAUAUGGACAAGUUGCAUACCCAAAACACCACAAGCAGUCUGAUGUUCCAGACAUAUAUCGUCUUGCUGCUAAGACAAAGGGUGUUUUCAUUAAUCCAGCUUUCAUUGAGCCAUUUGGGCUGACUUUGAUUGAGGCAACAGCUUAUGGUCUUCCCAUCGUUGCAACAAAAAAUGGUGGCCCGGUUGACAUACACCGGGUACUUGAUAAUGGUCUUCUUAUUGAUCCCCAUGAUCAGCACUCUAUUGCGGAGGCUCUUCUAAAGCUUGUUGCAGAUAGGCAACUUUGGGCAAGGUGCCGACAGAAUGGGUUAAAAAAUAUUCAUCUAUUUUCGUGGCCAGAGCACUGCAAGACUUACCUUUCUAAAAUAGGCAGUUUCAAACCAAGGCAUCCACAAUGGCAAAGAAAUGAUGAAGACGAUGGCGAAACUUCAGAAUCAGAUUCACCAGGUGAUUCCUUGAGAGAUAUUCAUGAUAUAUCUUUGAACUUGAGGUUUUCAAUGGAUGGGGAAAAGAGUGGAACUAGUGGCAAUGAUAACAUUUCAGAAUCAGGAGGUUCUGCUGAUAGAAGUAGUAGAAUAGAGAAUGCUGUUUUGGCAUGGUCAAAGGGUUUUUCAAAGGAGACACGAAGGUUAGGAUCAAUGGAGAAACCGGACCAAAACAGUUCUGCUAAGUUUCCGGCCUUGAGGAGGAGGAAGCAUCUGUUUGUCAUUGCUGUGGAUUGUGAUAGUAGUACAGAUCUUCUUGAAACAAUUAAAAAGGUUCUUGAGGCUGCAGGGAAGGAAAGGAGUGAAGGCUCUGUAGGGUUCAUAUUGUCAACAUCUUUAACCAUUUCCGAGAUUCGUUCAUUCCUGGCUGCAGGGGGUUUGAGUCCCAAUGAUUUUGAUGCUUUUAUUUGCAAUAGUGGUAGUGAUCUAUACUAUUCGUCUCUUAAUUCAGAAGAUCGCCCAUUUGUGGUUGACUUUUACUACCACUCACAUAUUGAAUAUCGAUGGGGUGGAGAAGGAUUGAGGAAGACUUUGAUUCGUUGGGCUACUUCACUAUCCGAUAAGAAGUCUGAAAAUGAGGAACAAAUUGUUACUGCUUCUGAACAACUUUCUACCGAUUACUGUUAUGCUUUUAAAGUGCAAAAGCCAGGGAAGGUUCCCCCUGUUAGGGAGCUCCGGAAGUUGCUGAGAAUCCAGGCUUUACGCUGCCAUGUUAUUUAUUCUCAAAAUGGGACCAGACUCAAUGUAAUCCCUGUACUGGCUUCUCGUGCCCAAGCCCUCAGGUAUUUAUAUGUUCGAUGGGGUGUGGACAUGUCGAAAAUGGUGGUUAUUGUGGGAGAAUGUGGGGACACAGACUAUGAAGAAUUGCUUGGUGGGGUGCACAAGAGUGUGAUAUUGAAAGGAGUUUGUAGCAAUGCAAUCAAUCAACAUGCUAACAGAAGCUACCCUCUAGCAGAUGUGAUCCCAUUUGACAGUGCCAACAUUGUUCACACAGCCGAAUUUUGCAGCAGUGAAGAUAUCCGAUCUUCCUUGGAGAAGUUGGGAGUUUUCAAAAACUAGAAAAAUCGACAUUCUGAUGAGGCCUAUAAAAAAUCUCUGCACAUCUUGAUGUUUUUGCCGAUUUCUGAAUCUAGUUUCUGGGAACUCCUAGUCGGAAAACCUCAAUAAAUUCUUUUGUUUUUUUUUCUUUCUUUCUUGUUCUCUCGGUUGUUUUUAUUGCCCAUAAUUUAAUAAAUAAAAAUGCUCCAAAUAUCAUGGAAGUUGGUGCAUCUCUAAUGUAAAAUCAAUACUUAUACAUGGUUACAACUCAAUUGCACUGAUAAAUGAAAUCUUUUGCUUUCUGCUA